CUCUUUGGUUGCGAGAGCAUCACAGAUGGGUGUCAAUAAGAAGACGCAGAGAACCCUGACUCUGUCACGGACGACAAACUUGUCUGCUGCUCCAUUCCACUUUUCCGGAUCGACGGAUAUCGACAAUUUGGAAGGCCCCGUGCCCGACGUAGACAUAACCUUAUCGAAAAAUGAAUGCUCCCAUCACCGCCCCUCGUCCGGGUGUCAAGCAUCCAGCCACUGCGGCCAUUGCCAAGGAGGCGAAACACUACAUCGCCCAUCGACCUCCUUAUCCGGAGUCCAUGUGGGAACUCUGGACCAACUACCACAAAGGCCCCCUCACAAGCGCCCACGACAUUGGCGCUGGCAGCGGCAACGGCGCCGAGGGCCUGUUGACGCACACAUCCCCCCCUUUGAAGCAUGUUGUCCUGACGGAGCCGCAAGAGGUCAACAUCAAGGACUGCGUUGCCCGCUUCCACAACCGCUUCCCUAACACAAGCUUCGCGUACCGCAACUGCCGCGGGGAAGACCCCUGGAGCCCUCCCGCAGGUCUGGACCAUGUCGACUUCGUCAUGGCCUGCGAGUCGCUCCACUGGACCACCCUGGAGCCGACCCUUGACAACAUUGCCAACAGCCUGAGGGAGGACGGGACCUUUGCGGCGGUCCUUUACGGGCCCUUCCCCGCCAUCACCAACAGCGCACCCGCCAACGCGGCGUUCAAAGCCUUCCUCGCGGACCACGCGGCUCGGCUACUGAGGCAAGAUUGGAUGAAUGAGAACUGGAAGCGCGCGGCCCGUCAGAUGUUUCACGGCAUGGAGUGCGUGGCCCUGCGCGACGAGGUGUGGAAGGACGUGAAGCGCAUCGCGGUCAACUGUCGCAACGGGUGGUACGCAAAGGACUACGAGCCGCUCGAGGGGACCGCGGACCCGGUCGGCCACCUGGGCACGUGUGAGCGCAUAGCCGUCGACGACAGCAAGGACUGGCAGAUCUCGGCCUCGGUGGAGUGGCUGAAGCAGUCUCUCGAGUCGAUGCGCUUUGGCUUCUCGGAGGAAUCGUGGGCGUCGUCACACUGGCAGGCCAUCGAGCACGAGAUGGGCGACGGCGCUUUGGAACUCGAGUGGCAAGUCCAAAUGAUUUUGGCCCGAAGACGGGGUCAGGAUGGUUCCUAGGCGCAGUCCGCAUGGUUCCUAUGCGCAGUUGUGUCCAGCUACUGGGGGGGGAGGGUUCGCCCGUCCGUUUGGUGUUGAAGUGAGGAGGCAUCCUCCGCAGGUUUCGUCAACACAGUUACACCUACCCACUUACUUGGUGCUCUCGGUAACCAAAUCCAAAUCCUAUUCUGGGUGCUUGAGUCUCUGUCGAAACUGAUGUUAUACACAUCUCACAAGUACAUCUUGUGCCAUAGGUGCAACACACAGUCAGUAGGGAAGGAAAUUGGGCCGUCCGUCAGGAGUAAUCCGCACCUUUCGGCCCUGUGAACUUGAGAAACCGUAACGUUAGAAACUGUUGGUUC